UUUCAACCGCAGCCAGGAGAAGUGAAUGUUUUUGUUGGAGAGCUGAAAUAUGGAAGGUGUAAGGUUUCGCCCGGAAUGUGGCCUUGUGUGUGGCUUUUUGACCCCUCUGCCUUUUCACGUGGGAGUCCUGUGAUGGUUGAUGGUGAUGGAUGAUAGUCGGACAGAGGGCCUGUUUCCUGGAUGUGCCCUUGACUUCCAUGUCACACACACAGAUAUCCUCUGAGGAUGGAAGUGUCAUUCUACGGUGAUGGCUACAUCCACCUACGGACAAUGGAGGCGUCCAUUCAGACAUUGCUCCAUGUACGUUUUCGAACCUCCAGUCAGACAGGGCUGCUGUUUUUGGCAGCUGGAGGCAGAGACUUCUUGCUGCUGGAGCUGAUCUCUGGUCGCCUGCAGGUACGCCUGGACCUGGGCUCAGGUGAGCGCUCUCUUCGUUCAGAAAAGGGCAUCCAUCUCAGCGACCUGGCAUGGCACUCCAUGAAGCUGACCCAUGACCGCCAUAAUGUCACCAUGACCGUGGACCGAAACUCUCAUACCAGUCUCCGAAUGCCAGGACCAGAUCUGGAGCUGAGUGUCGAGGAUGGUCUUUUUGUUGGUGGGGCAGCUGGACUGAACCACCAACACCUUCUCAACAUCUCCUCCGGGUUUAGAGGUUGUGUAGAUGAAGUUGUGUUCAAUGAACAUAACCUGCUUGCCAGCCUGAGGCCUUAUUCUGGAUAUAAGAGUGUCCAUGAGGUAUCUUUGGGCUGUAGUCCACAGUUUUCAGCAACAGAAGAAGAUUCUGUCAGUUUUUUCAGCUCUAAAGCCUUUAUUUCUCUCCCGCCGUGGGAGGUGCUACAGGAGGGGGUGUUUGAAUGCCACAUGCACCCCUCUGCAAGAGAAGAAGAUGGCAUGGUUCUGUAUAGCUCUGGCAGCCAGGGAGGGUUUGUUUCCAUAGAGAUCAGAGAUGGUCACCUGGUGGCAACAGUGGGAAAUAGAGGUGGGAGUAAGAUUGAGCUGCGUUCUCUAACAUAUGUCCUCAGCAACCACACCUGGUACCCAAUCCAGCUACACCUGCUGCCCCACAGUGUCCAGCUGAAGGUGGGUGAGGAGUUGGUCAGGGCUGACCUGAGUCUCGAGCUCCAGGUCAUCCAGCUCAAUGGGCCACUCUUCCUUGGAGGGCUGAACGAAGAAGCCCGUAGAGAGGCAAGGCGAGCCGGCUCCUUUAAAGGCUGUCUCCGAGAAAUUAGGGUGAACACUCAAAGAAUGGGCCUACCUCAAGCUGUCAUCACCAAGGACAUCACAGUGGGCUGCAAGACAGAGCUAGCUGCAGAUGCAGUGGCCACCACUGGUCCAACAGAUCGCCCUGAUGUUGAUGUUACAACCACACGACCAAUUACCAACAACAAGAGGAACCCUAACUUUUUGUUGCUGAGAAAGCUAGAGGUAGCGGAGGGAGGCCGGGCACCACUGGAGCCCAAACACAUGAGGGUGAAUCUGGAUUUCCGAAAAUUGGGCAUUCAUCCAUCCCAGUUGAUGUUUCGUAUUGAGGGGCAGCCUGUCCACGGCCAGCUCCGGUUGGACCUCAGUCCAGAUCAUGAAGGCAUUCUGGGGCAGGGAAGGACUAUCACAAUAGGAGCAGAAGAGGCCAGCCGGACUUUCAGUAUGCUGGACCUGUGGCAGGGCCGGGUGAUGUACGUUCACAGUGGGUCAGAGGUCAAUCAGGACUUCUUCAUGUUUUCAGUCUUCUCCAGUAAAAAGAAGGAGCUGCCCAUGUUUCUGAAGGGCAACCGCCUGCACCGCUUUGAUAUCAGCAUCAGCCCUGUAAAUGAUGCACCUGUGCUCAGCCUGCCGGAGGGAAACCUUUUCACUCUAGUGGAGAAGUCCAAACGGCCGCUGACAACAGAUGUGCUAAGAGUGUCGGACCCUGACAGCAGUCCUGCAGAUCUGGUGUUGAGCUCCCUGGGAAACCUCAGCACGGAGGUCGGACAUCUUGAGCACCAGGAUUACCCCGGCAGGGCUAUUAAUUUGUUCUCCCUGACUGAUCUGGAGGAGGGUAAGAUCAGUUAUGUCCACACUGGGGUCCCCACCUCCAGGCUGGCAUUCAGGGUCAGCGAUGGGGAGAAACUGAGCAACACAGUAGUACUGAGGAUUAUGGCGGUGCCACUCCAACACAAACUAGUGAAUAACACCGGGCUGGAGGUAUACCAAGGCGGGGCUUCCAUCAUCACAACAGAUCACCUUGCAGUAGAAGUAAAUGUGGCUGAUCAGGCAGUGGACAUUGUCUAUGACGUUACAACGCUGCCACAGUAUGGGGAGCUCCAGUGGCUGAACUCAAGUGGCGAAUGGAAACUGACAACUUCCUUCUCUCAGAAGCUUCUAGAAAAAGAACAGAUCAGAUAUGUUAACACUUACCAUGGCCUUCAGACUCGGAGCAACAUCACUGAUCACUUCAAAUGUAAAAUCAGCAUUGGUUCCCAGGCCAUGGAGGAGGUUGUUUUCAUUAUUGCUGUACGCUGGAUCCACUUCAAGGUCACACGCAGCAAGAUGGAGCUGAACGGUGUUCAGGCUGCCGCUGUCACUCCCGAGGACCUCCAUGCGAUUUCUAAAGGUGUUAAGCUCAAUGAGAGCGACCUCUUCUUCAGGCUCCUAACGGCACCAAAGAAAGGGAGGCUGUUCCUCAACAACGUAGUUCUGCAAAGGAACUCAACCUUCAGCCAGAGGAACAUCACAGAUGGUUUGGUGAAGUACGAGCUGCUCACCAGGCUCCAGGAUGACACAAGAGACACGUUCAGCUUUCAGGUGUUUUCAUCACAUGCCAACUCAGCGGCGUAUGACUUCAGAAUCAACAUCAAGGCUGAGUCGUCUGCCAUCACUGUUGUAAACAAAGGCCUGUCAAUCAUGGAAGGAGGAAGUAAAGUCAUCAAUAAAGAUAUCCUGUUCACUCACACAGCAAGUAACCGGGAGGUCCACUACAGCAUUACAGUGAGCCCCAGACACGGGCAGAUACGGAGGAUCAACCUCUCCAACUCAACUUCCAUUAACGACAACAUUAAAACAUUCUCAAAUCACGAUAUCAUUGAGGAGAGGAUCAUGUACGUUCACGAUGACAGCGAAACCAAGCAGGAUUCCUUCACUUUUCAAAUAAUGGUUUACAAACCACACAAGCUCACCAACAAGAAGGAGGAUAAAAACAAAGCCGAGCACACCUUUAACAUCUCUGUGCAGCUCGUCAAUGAUCAGAGACCUGUCAGGGUUGUCGAUAAAGUCUUCCAUGUGGCCCGAGACGGGCAGAGGUUGGUGACGCUGGAUGACCUUCGCUACCGAGACGAUGACUCGGACUUUGAGGACAGCUGGUUGGUGUACACGCGGAGAGGGAUUCCCAUGGGAGAGUUAGUGCUGGCCAGCGAUACUAGUCACAAGCUGUACGAGUUCACACAGCGGGACCUCGAGCAGAAAAAGGUGCUGUUCGUCCACAGAGGAGUAAGCUUUGGGCGUUUUGUGCUCUUCGUAACAGAUGGGAAACAUUACGUAUCAACACUGCUGGAGGUGAUGGCUCAGGAUCCUUACCUCCAGGUUGAGAACAACACAGGCCUUACGGUCCAGCGAGGUGGGAUCACAACCUUGACCUCUGCUAACCUCAGCGUCUUCAGCAACCUCGACAUCCGAGACCCACAGGAAGUGACGUUCGAGGUCUUCCUUCCACCCAAACACGGUGUGCUCUGCUUUAACGAUGGAGAUCGAGAGACUGUAACAGAAGCAGAUGCAAUUUCAAUAUUCACCCAGAGAGAUUUGGUGGCUGGGCGCUUGGUGUAUCACCACGAUGGCAGCCAGGAGCUGUCAGAUGGGUUCAAUGUGACGGCAAGAGCAACGGAGAAGAGUAUGGAGAGGCGACUGGAGAGAGGGAGGAGGGAGGUGCAUCUGGACAUCGGGGUGCCUGUGAAAAUCUACCUGGAGAGUCACCAGAGGCCGCCAACGGUCAUAAAUAACCGUCCAGUGGUGGUGGCCGAGGGAGAGAAUGUCUCCAUAAGCAGGGAGCACUUGGAGGUGGUUCAUGAGGACAGCCAGCCCUCAGAAAUUGUAUUUACUGUCCAAAGUCCUCCCGCCCUGGGCUCCCUUCUGAGGUUUCCACCCAACGACAAUCACCAUAACAACAAUGGAGAACAGCAGCACCUCUAUCAAGGCAUCAGAGAGCAGCCAACAACCUCCUUCACCCAGGAGGACAUCAACCAGGGAAUGAUCGUUUACCAUCAGCAGGCUGCAGGAAGCACCAAUGACUCUGUUCUGCUGGAGGCAACAAACGGGCUCACAAAGGUCGGACCCGUCAGGCUGCUGAUUGAUAUCAUCCCUAUCCUGCUCCCCCUACAGGUGUCUGACUUGACGCUUGAUGAGGGCUCGUCCCUGCCGCUGACCUCUGACAUCAUCAGGGUCACCAAUCACCACUUCUCAGAGAUGAACUUCCUGUACCAGGUCAUCAUUCCACCACGACACGGACACUUGGAGCACAGCCGGAUCCCGGGGAUGCCCAUCACUGCUUUCACUCACACUGAGGUGGAACGUGAGUACAUCUCUUACAUCCACGAUGGCAGCGACACACAGGGAGACAACUUCACCAUCGUGGCCAACCAGACAGAAAUCAGGAAGCACAGCCUGCCCUGCACCGUGCACGUCAAUGUCAAUCCUGUCAACGAUGAGACGCCUGUUGUGACAGUCAACAAGGGUUUGAAGGUGUGGGUGGGCUCAGUGACAGAAAUCACCGUGAAUGAGCUCAGUGCAGAGGACUCAGACACUCAUCCUGACGGGCUGGAGUUCGUCAUCACACCACCAAGCAACGGCCACCUGGUCCUGAAGAGCGCCCCCUCCAGACACAUCCUCAACUUCACCCAGGAUCACAUACAAACUGGACAACUGGUGUUUGUUCACAGUGGUGCUCUGACGGGUGGCUUUCACUUCCAGGUGAACGACGGCGUGAACUUCGCACCUCGCCAGAUCUUCAGCACAACUGCACACUCUCUGGUCCUCACCCUGCUGAGGAAUCGUCCGAUGGAGGUCUACCCAGGCUCUGUGACACCAAUCACUGAGCAGGAGCUUCUGGCCGUAACCAACGAUGUCCACGACAUCAAACGAAACCACUCUGUGGUGUUCGCAGUGACCGCUCCUCCAAAACUUGGUCGUCUGGUCCGACAUAUGCCCGACAACUCCACGCAAGACAUUUUCACGUUCACACAGAGCAUGGUGAAUGAUGGGGUCAUCCUGUAUGAUCAGAAGAAGCCAGAGUCAGUGGGAUGGUCGGCUGCAGACUCUUUCUCUUUCACCGUGUCCUCUCCUCCUGCUUUCCUUCCUCCGCACACCUUCACCAUCUUAAUCUCCUACCAGGCCAACGAGCAUCACGACAACCCUCAACACAAGACCAGACUACUGAACAACGCAGGUGCUGUGGUGGCUGAGGGGGGGAAAGUGAUGAUUGACAGGUCUAAACUUGAUGCCUCCAAUCUCCUCGAGCAAAUCACCGAGCCCAAGAGGAAAGACCACCACAUCCUGUACCGUGUGAUUUCCCCUCCGCGCCACGGGGCUCUGUCUGUACGAGGAUACAACCUCACCAGGACCCAGCCUGACUUCUCCCAGGUCACCCUAAACAAGUUUGGCAUCACAUACGUCCACGAUGACUCAGAGACAACGAGCGACAGCUUCACUUUCCGGGCCUGGGUGGCUCCUUUGGAUCCCUCCUCCCCCUCUCCCUACUCCAAUUCCUUGUCUGCUUUCUCCUCUGAUUCCUCCUCCUCCUCCUCCUCCUCCUCCUCUUCCUCCUUUUCCCCUCUCUAUUCAGCCUCAUCAUCCUCCCCUCAGUCAGUAGAUGUGACUUCUCAGCGCCGUGUCAAGGACGGCCUGAUUGUGACGGAGAAGUUCAACAUCACAGUGACGCCAGUAAACGACCAGCCGCCACUCAUCAGGAGCAGAGCCCUGAAUAUGAAGGUCGUUGUCGGGGAGAGAGUUGUAGUUGGACCAGAUAGUCUGCAGGUUGAGGAUCAUGACACCCCUCCAGAGGAGCUGCACUACCUGGUGAUAAGUAAGCCCAACAAUGGCUACCUGACGCUGGGGGAGAGGCCGGAACCAGUGACCUCCUUCACCCAGUACGACGUCAACCACGGCCGGCUGCACUUCAUACAGCAGGGUGAGCCCUCAACUGGUGUUUUCUAUUUCAACGUAACCGACGGUCAUCAUCGCCCGCUCUACAAACUCUUCAGUUUGGAGGUGAUAAAGCCAUCCGUCUCCAUGGUGAAUAACACUGGCCUGUCAUUGGUUCAAGGCAGGACCGCUGUUGUCCUGACAACCAACCAGCUCGCAGCUCAAACCAACAGCCGCAGCCCGGCCAACAUCACCUACGCCGUCACCUCACACCCUCGCCACGGACGCAUCGCUAUUAACGACCAGGAAGUCACCACCUUCCGCCACGAGGACCUGCAGUUCGGCCGUGUCGUCUACCACAUGACUGAGCUCAGCGAAUCAGAGGACAGCUUCCAGGUGUCGGUGUCAGCCUCGUCUCCAAGUGUCGACUAUGGAAAUUUGACAGCGCAGACGGUGAACGUGACUGUGCGGCCUCUGAUCUACCUGAGGGAGCCGGUGAGGGUGCCCAGCGGUAUCGCCGUGAAACUGGGGAAAGCCAUGAUCGACGCCUCUGAGCUGGCGAGAAUCAGCCGAGCCAACCCGGUCUUUGAGGUUCUGUCUCCACCAAAACAUGGAAAACUAGUGAAGAUGACCUACGACCCCAACCGAGCAUCAGAGGUCCUGAAGUCGUUUACAUUCAGAGAUGUGGUGCAAGGCCGGGUCGCCAUCGAGGAGACCCUCAGUGACGGUGACAACCAGCUCCUCAACAACAAAUCAGCACUUGCAACCGCCCGAGGCCACGCCCCCGCCACACCUCUCAACGAUUCUUUCAUGUUCCUAGUGAAGGCUGGGACCGUCCAACCAGCGAAAGGAGAGCUCCACUUCACCAUCUUUCCCCACCACCAGAUGUAUCAUGGUCCGAGCGGUUCAAAUAAAGCGGAUGGUGCGAGUCGGGAACACACGACAACCCAUGUGCCCACACAAAACAGGUCUACAACCGAAGGAGGGAGAGGUGGACGAGGGGGAUCCGCAACGCAUGGUGGGGCCGGGGCUGGUUUGCCCCCCCACAUUUUGUCAAAUAAGAACCACAACCGGACGCAGCACAGGCUGAGGCCUCAUGGUCGCUGGGGGAACCACACGCGCAGUCAUGGAGGAAGAUCGGGGAGCGGCGCAGAUGGAGCAGGAGGGGCUCACAGUCAUGCCCCACAGCCCCACACCCCCUCUGCCUCGGACAAACACAGUCCAGUUAGCCCUCCAGACACCCACCCGGUCCAGGUCGAGGUCCUCCCUCGCCCCGCCUCCGACCCUCUCCUCAUCAUCCUGCCACUGCUGGCCUGUUUACUCCUCAUCGUAAUCCUCGUAGUUUUGAUUCUUGUGUUCCGCCGCCGCAAGGAGAAAGCCCGGCUGCGGAUCCUCCAGCAGCUCGCUGCGGUGACGUUACCCACUGAGGACAGCCCUUACCUGGCCCGGGCUGAGCGGAGCUUGGCUAUGCCCUCCGUGGUGGUCACCCCGCUGGGCCCUAGAAGCUGCCCUGCCUCACCCAGAGUAUCCAUAAACCCCAGAAGGAGGAGUCUGGCUCCUGGGAUGACCUUCUGGGGGCCAUUUGAAGCAGACGGAUCAGGUGGUGAAGGGAAAAUUAGAGUCGGGAACAAUCGUGAAAGCCGUGGUGGUGCAGCCGUCAGGACCUCUGUGAGAUCUAGGUCCCCGACGCCGACUCUUAAAGAGAACCAGUACUGGGUUUGAUGGAGGCAACUCUAAGACAAACUGUGCCUUACAGGUGUUUUCUUGGUGAGAAGGGUGUAAAUGUGAUGCGUGUACCAUUGAGGGGACAACUAAGGCACCUGUGACCUGCUCACGAGGACAAAAAUAUGCACAUUUGUCAAAGAAAUUGUUUCUUUUUUGUAGGAAAUGAAUGAAUGCCAUUUUAUUGAGGUCAAUUCACUGAACCAACUUAAACUGAACACACCAACCAGCUACCUAUAGGAGCUGUCAAGUACUAUUCAAAGUAAUCAGAAUCCAUUAUUAAUGCUUAGGCAGCUGUUUCUCAUUGUCCUUUCAAGGCUUUUUUCCACUUGUUGCACAACUUCACUGCAAUACUGUGACACAUACAGUACAUGACCUCACUGGUUUCUUAUAGCAACAAUUAGUCAAGUUAGUCAGAACCACAGUCUGACUAAUUCCUGAAAACACGUCAAUAGUUGUGAUGGAUAUGGUAUAUUUUUGUAACUGUUGCUGAACAAGGAAGUGAAACAUAAACUGAGUGAAGCAUUUACUGUAAAAAACAUUCUGAUUUCAUGUAGCUGAAUUUUAAGUUAGCUCCAAUGUGUAAUGUUUGUAUUCUACAAAACUGUAACUGUGUAAAGUUGAUGUGUUACUUCCUCAAAAGUAUUUAUGUCAGCUGGUAAAUUAUAGUGGCUGUACUGUAAUAACAUUGACCUUCCUGCACAGACGCAGGUGUCACUCGCUGUUGAACACUUUCCCCUUUCCUUUGAUUGCGGCAGCGAGAUGUCUAACUGUUUCUAGUAGUCUGCACAGUAUUAACAAAGCCAUGUUUAGUUUCCUCAGUUCUUGAUCAACUCAGUAUUAUUGCCACACUCAUGCCAGCCUCUUUUUUGCCAUGCACUGUCAAAGACUUAUUUUUAAUAAAAACAUUUCUUAAAGA